UACUUUUGUCCAGACUCUAUGUUUUCAUAAAAUAUUGCGCGGCCUUAGCAUUAAUACACUGACGCAUUUAGCGCCUGGACUACUGUAACCAGUUGAAAGGUUAACCAUGUGGCAACGCAUUGGCCUCCUCCUACUUCGUCGUCGUACCUCUGCUACAGAACGUUCGCAAUUUUUAUCCAUAAUAUUUAAUUCAUGUGUGUUACUUCAGCAUAUAGGCCUACAUUUAACAGCUUAUAUCUCACCACCAAUCAUGGAAAAGAAGAAAAGCCGAUCUAUCGCAAACUCUGGCAAGAUCAAAAUGCAGAAGAAACUUGUCAAGUCCAGUGAUAAAAAGAAGAAAACUUUGAAAAAAGAAAGUAUGAGUGUCAAGGACAAAAUUUUCAAAGAAAAAUCAUUAAAGUUUGCAGAAAUGGAUUUUGAAGAUAUUGUUGCUGCAGAAGGCGAUGGAGAAGAACAAAUGGAAGCUAAGGAAAUGAAAGAAUCAAAACGUAUGAAAAAAGAAAAGCCAGAAAAAGGGACGAAACGGAAGAGUACUGAAGAUCCAGAUAAACCAGACCUCUUGCAGAUGAGUAAAAAACAACGGAAAGAUGUCCGAAAACAGGUGAAAACAAACUAUGAAUUGGCACAGAAAAGCAAGAAAAUGUGGGAAGUGUUACGACAGGAAAAAUGUAGCAAGGAAAAGCGUCAAGAAAUUCUAAAUGAAUUAAGGGAACUUGUUAGUGGUAAAGUUUUGGAGCUUGUUUAUGCUCAUGAUUCCGUACGAGUUAUCCAAUGCUGUUUGAAGUUUGGAGAUAAAAGCCUACAUAGUGACAUGUUUAAUGAAGUCAAAGAUCACAUCCUCAAUAUGUCAAAGUGUAAGUACGCUAAAUUUUUUGUAAAGCAGAUGUUGCGAUAUGGUACAAAAGAACAGCGUAACCAUAUAAUGUCGUCGUUCCACGGUAGCGUAUGCAAAAUGGUACGGCACAAGGAAGCUUCAGAGGUUAUUGAGAUGGCCUACAACAACCAUGCUAAUUUAAAGCAGAGGUCUGCACUUCUUGAGGAGUUCUAUGGUCCUUCUUUUGCAGUGUUUAAAAAAGAUGGGGUUGAGAGUCUCAGUGACAUAAUUGAAGCUGAGCCGGAGAAAAAACGUCAAAUCACGGAGCACAUGGCAAAAACACUUACCUCCAUGGUUGACAAGACAGUUAUCAAACGCACUAUGAUUCACAAAGUAUUGUAUGAUUUCUUUGUUCAUGCACGUCCAAAACUAAGAUCUGAAAUGAUAGAAUCUAUAAGAGAGGUCGUUGUUCAAAUUCUUCAUACCCAUGAUGGAGCUCGAGUUGCAAUGCAAUGUGUCUGGCAUGGCACAGCAAAGGAUCGUAAAGUUGUUAUGAAGUCCUUCAAGACGUACGUCAGUAAGAUCUGCCGUGAAGAGUAUCGUCAUUGGGUGGUGUUGGCGUUGUUGGACUCGGUGGAUGACACAAAGCUAAUUUCCAAGAUUGUCCUUUCUAGAUAACGUUAAAUCUUGUCUAGUUCAGCAGCUGGUUACAUUGCUUGAAAAUGGAUCCAGAUAUCUAUUAUGUUGAAUCCAUUAGCGAAAAGCUACUCGAUCAAGCUUUUACCUUGUUGACGGACGGGAUUAAGGAUAUACGCAAAAGUAUUCAAGGUGCCUCCGUUAACAGCGCCUUGAUAUUACAUGCUAUUGCAUUUGCGACUAAAAUACUUGAUAAGUAUCCCAGUAUACCAG